AUGUGGAAGCUUGUCACUGUAGGGGUACUGUUGGCAGUCUGCUCUUCACAAGUCGGUAGUACAUCAAUAUUUUACAGUAAUAGAGAUGCAAACCAAGUCCUGAAAAUCCAGAAGCGGGCAAACUCUUUUCUGGAGGAGCUCAAACCAGGCUCCAUGGAACGUGAGUGCAUUGAGGAGCGGUGUGACUUUGAGGAGGCCAGUGAGAUAUUUGAAACCAGGGAAGCAACACUAAAUUUUUGGAGCAAGUACGUAGAUGGAGAUCAGUGUGACCCACAGCCUUGUUCCAAUGGGAUCUGCAAGGACAAUAUUGGAACAUUUUCCUGCAUCUGUAACAAAGGCUGGGAGGGAGUUUUGUGCAAUUAUGAGACCAAAUACAGCAACUGUUCUGUCAAUAAUGGAGGAUGUGACCAUUUCUGUAAGGAUGACCCUGCCAACCAGUGCCGCUCGUGCAGCUGUGCGUCUGGGUAUCAGCUGAUGAAUGACGAUACCACCUGCAAGCCUGUAGUGGAAUUCCCCUGUGGAAUAGUGAAAAUGGAAGACAUGGAAGCCAAAGCAGGAUUCAAUAUUCGGCUCAUUGAGGGAAAAGCAGGAAGAAGGGGAGGCAGCCCUUGGCAGGUUAUGCUGCAAAAUAGCAAAGGGAAAUUUCUCUGUGGGGGCGUUCUCAUCCAUCCAUCUUGGGUCCUAACAGCAGCACACUGCACUGAGGCAGGAGAGAGGCUCAAAGUAAAACUUGGUAAAUUCCACCGUCUCCGCACUGAGGCAGAGGAGCAAACUAUUUGGGUUGAUAAAUGUGUGAGCCAUGAGAAUUACACCAAGGAGACCUCUGAUAAUGACAUCGCCAUGCUGCACCUGGCUGAGCCCGCGAUGUAUAACAAAUACACACUCCCCAUCUGCCUCCCCACUCGUGACCUGGCAGAGCAGGAGCUGGCAAGAAACGGGAAGCAGAUGGUGGUAACUGGCUGGGGCAGCACGACUGACGAUAACCACAGUUACUCUACAUUCCUCAGUUACAUUGAAAUCCCCAUUGUUCCCCGCAAUGAGUGUGCCCAGGUGAUGAGAUUUACCAUCUCUGACAACAUGCUGUGUGCUGGCAGCUUAGGGGACAGACAGGAUUCCUGCACUGGGGACAGUGGAGGCCCUAUGGUCACUAAAUAUCAGGACACUUGGUUUUUGGUAGGACUGGUGAGCUGGGGCGAAGGUUGCGGAAGAAAGGAUAAAUUUGGAGUCUACACCAAAGUUAGUCAGUAUCUUGAGUGGAUCCAGCACCACAUAAAUGAGAUGUCAGCUUCUUUGAAAGGUUGA